UCACCCUGUAGCAGGCUUGGCAACAUUGCAGGUUUAAAAAAGAGACAACAACCUACGCCGCAGCAGAACGCCAGCAACACAGCCUGUGUGUAAAAAGACCGACGUGUUCGAUCUGUUCUGUCUUGUGCUUAUCAGAGUUUUCCGAUACGGAGAUUUAACUGUCGUUCGUAGCAAAUGUCGUCGCCGUCGAAGGAUUCCGACCUAAAAGGUGGACAUCCACCUGCAGUCAAAGUGGGUGGAAUGCGAAUUACGCAGCACAGACCCCCCAAGGACGCAGCCGAGGGUGCAGCCAAAGAGAAGGAUGAAGUCAUCGACGACACCACCAAUGCUCUUAAAAUUUCCACGAGCCCUCCCAAAACAGUGAGUGUGUCUGGAGCGCCUGUGCGAGGCAAUGCUGACUUCCCUACCGAGGCAGUGCAAUCCUUCCAUGACAAACCACAGCCCACCCAUGAUGCUCGUCCUGCUGCUAGGCCCAACAUCAUCCACCAGCCAAGGAAGUAGACUAAUUGUUGUAUUGAAUGCUCUAUUUUUCGUUGACUCAAAUUAAUCAUGAUGUGGACUCGAAGUCUGAUCAAACACUGUCUAUCAAAUUCAAGGGUUUUGGCUGUUGAUGAAUGAAAAUUUUGUCUGUAAAAUCUAUAGAAGAAAAUUUGUAAAGAAAUUGAAAUUAGCCAACGGGUCAAUGUUUUAAAGAAGGAAAAAAGCAGUGCAAAUCAAUAAUUCUGCCCUGAUUUUCAGCAAUUUUUCUAACAUAUAAUUUGGUACUUACUGAGCCAAUCAGGAACUUAAUUGGGUUUAUUUUUGUUUAUUACUUAAAAGUCUAAUUCUGCAAUUCCAUUUAUAUGUAUAUUGAAUUCAAUUUUCUUGCAUUUUGAAGUCGAUCCAUUCCUAUCCAUUCAAUUAAGACUGCUUCUCAAAAGUUUAUGAAGAUUAAAUAAUAAACUGCUGUGAGUGGAAA